AUGAAUUGGUUUGGAAAUUACUUCUCUAAGUUUCCUGAGGAUAUUUCCUUUCUCAACACACACUCACCUCUGUUGCUUUCACUCAUAUCAUCUGAAGAUGAACAACAUUUUAUUUCCAGCUUGAGGAGCCAUGCACCAGCCCAGGCUGUGGUGAAGCAGCCUGUCCGGGGAGCCAGUGGCAAGACCACAAUCACAACAAUUGUCCAGACUGGUGGGAACUGGAGCACCGGCCUCUUCAGUGUCUGCAGAGAUAGGAGAAUUUGUUUCUGUGGUCUCUUUUGUCCCAUGUGUCUUGAGUGUGACAUCGCCAGUCAUUAUGGAGAGUGUUUUUGUUGGCCAUUGUUACCUGGGUCCACCUUUGCACUAAGAAUUGGCACCAGAGAGAGGCAUAAAAUACGGGGCACGCUGUGCGAGGACUGGCUGGCAGUGCACUGCUGCUGGCCUUUUUCCAUCUGCCAGGUGGCCCGGGAACUCAAGAUGAGGACCUCCCAACUCUAUGAAAUCUAUGCGGCCCCUUCGACUAAGGAAAAUCUUAUCUGACAGAGCAAGAAAUCUCCUCCUCCUCAC